AUGAUCAAAUUCGUAUGCGCGGCGCUUACGCUGCUUAUUAGUUGUAAUGCCAUACAGGUUGUCGACAUCCCCAAUGAUCUCGGAGUCGGAGCUGUAACGGCAGAAUUUUCAGCCGGCCUGAACACAUAUUUAGAUGGGCCGAAGCUAUCUGGAGCUGCCAACGAAUCGUCAUUUGAGUGCAAUGCUAGCAUCGUGAUCGUCUUGUACAACAACGGCCCAAAAACCGCAGGCGCAUCAAUCAAGGUAGACAAGAAUGGUUUAUCGGCUGAGUGGAAAAAUGCUGGCGUCCGCUUCACAGGGUCCAAUCUCGCCCAAGGUCGAAUGGCACCACCUCAUUAUCCCUGUAGCAUGGACAAGCUUGGCGCGACCGAAGAAAUCAUGCCACACAUAGGCUGGUCAAAUGCAAUCCCCGAUGCCAAAGUCAACGUCGAACUAACCUUCAAUGGCACUGACACCGUGGCCUUUGAUGAUGGAAUCGGUUACCACGACAAGAACUGGGGCGAUCGGCCGUUCUUUGAGAGUGCUGCGCAGUGGUAUUGGGGCCACGGGCGCAUAGGGCCUUACUCGGUCGUCUUCUUAGACUCCCUCGACACCACCGGUAGAGAGUACGCUGCAGGGUAUGUGACUGAGGACGCCAGGGUGCUGCAGGCCAGUUGUACUCCUACGUCUGUCGUUGCUCGUGCUUGGGGUUCCAACAGUGAGUACCCUCCCACUUCCGGAAGCGGACCCCUAGACGGACUGGGUCUUCAAUUUCAGUUGGGCGAUGGAUCAAAGUUUGUAGCGAACUACACUUCAGAGACCCUUCUUGUUGCAAUACCUGGGUACCUCCGAACCAUUGGCACCGUCGAAGGCGGAAUCGAAGACGGGCAGAAAUAUACAGGACGGAUGAUAUUCGAGCAGUUCACUUUCAUCCCCUCAGAGCCAGCUCCUAACGCCGACAAUUUGCACUAG